CAUUUAGAGAUUAAGCAUCGGGGAUUAAGCUGAAUUCUUUUACUUAUUUUUCGAGUAUGAAAAUUAUUCGACUGUGUGUCUUCCAAGUGAGCGGUUGUAGAAUAAAAGUAACUCCAUAAAAUAUAAAUUUGGAUUGAUCAGCAUUUCUAUUAAUUUUUUUAUAAAACAAUGACUAUAUAUGUGUUCAUAAAAUUUGUUGUCGACGGCGAAUGUAAGUGGGAAGCAAUUCCUGAACAAUGGACUGAUUUUCAUAACAAUACAUUUUAUUGGCCUACAUGUGGAAAAGUUACGGUGCAUCUGGCUCAAGAGGCAACACAAUCAAUUGUUGAUCAUUUUUAUUCUCAGAUGAAUACUGAUAAGAAAUGUAAAUGGGAGAGAACUGAAAUUAAAAGCCAUUCUCAACGUUUUUUUGCUGAAUAUAACGAUCUAAUUCGAAUUCGGAAUACAUUAAACAUGCUUAAUUUAGGAAAAGUUAAAAAUAAUUCGGAGCUAUUAGUUGCGCUUAGAGCAGAGUUUGAUAAACUAGAAGAAGAAGGCAAGUCAAUAAUAAAAGAACUAAACUGGUGUUACGAUACCACUUAUCCAAGACUAAGAAAUACGUUACCGAUCAAGACUUGGCAAAAAUUUUUAGAGUUUGAUAAUGAAUUGAAAAAUACUUGUUGGGAUAAUAUGUCAUUCGAUAAUCUAAUGAAAACAUUAACAAUUGACGAAGACCAUUUAAAGGAAAGUAUUACCAAAAUAUUAUUCGCUGUCUUUUCAUGUGACCUAGACUAUAAUAACCAGGAAAAAAAAUAUAAAGAAGAAUUUACCCAAUCAAGGUUAUUCGAGAAGCUUAAGCAACAUAUAAAUACACUCGAUCCAAAUUUUAAAACUGAAAAGACUAUCACUGAUGUAUUUGAAUCAAGGGUAUUAGUGAAGAAACGAAUUUAUUCUGCAUUGUAAGAAAUGCAGUGUUACUUGACUUUUUCAAAAAUAAUUGUAAAGAAAACGAUAACUUAAGGAUUUAAUUUGUAACAUUUUUUAUAAAUAUUCGUAUCAAUAAAUUUUUAUACAUUUCUGAGGUCUCCAACAGGCGUGAGUCAUUAAGUAUUUA